ACUGAAUUCAGCUGUAUCAGCUGUUCUGCUAUGGAAAAAAAGUGUAAAAACAGUGUAUGCAUAAGAUGCAAUUUAUGCAGUGUAGGGAAGGGCAAGUAGAAGCUGGAGUCAUGACAGUGACUACUUGGUUAAAAGAAGAACCUCCUCAUGGCAGUUCAGAAAAUUGUGAACAGCCAAAUUAUGGAGGAGCUAGAGGUCCUUCAAGCACUAAGGCGCAGUUAGAGAGAGAAGAAAGUAAUUUUCAUGAUUAUUUUAGUGAUGAUGAUAUUCUGGAAAUUUCCAUGAAAAAAAAUAACAGAAAGAAGCCUUGCAGUGCAAAUAAUUUAAUGAUAGCAAAGAGACAGCUUUCCUUAGUGCAGUGUGGAUUCUCUAACUUGUUGCAGAGAGAAACUGAAGCUACAAAAAAAAGUGGUAGUAAUGACUCUUACCAUUCAAGUUCUGAUGGUCAGGCUGUAAGAACAUGUGUCAACAGCAAGUGUGAUGAUGUUCAGAAAUGUGAAAGCUAUAUGCAUAUUUUGGAGCACAGGAAAACUGCUCAGUUACCAAAUGUAACUGAUAAACAAGACAUGUAUAGAGCAGAUUGUCUUGUUUUGUCAGACUCUGAAGAAGAGGUGGACAGAGAAAAUGAGGAUUUAUGCAUUUCAAGGCAAAGUGAUGUAGUAAUGAAAACUGAAAGCAGUUCUGAAGAAAAUUGUGAUGUCAUCUUUCCUACCCAAUUUCCAGCAAGCCCCCAAGCAAUGCAUACCAAAAAAAUUGAAAUACAGACGACAGAAUCUGAAAAUUGUGAAGAGUCACUAGAAGAAAAAAAUGAGUUUGUACUUAAGGAAGAACGUAGGCAAUUUGGAUUCCAUAGUACCAAAUCAAAUUUCAGCAAAAUCAUGUCUUUUGAAAACAUGAAAAACAGCGCAAGAGGUUUGAAAGGUGCAAGUGACAUAAGUGAUGAGUCUGAUGACAUUGAAAUUCCCUGUGACUCCGAGUCAGGAAAGUUAAGAACAUUCAGCUUCAUGAAAGGGAAACAAAGGCAUACACAAAGCAGUGCACUAGGCAGAUUCUCAAAAUCUCUGCCUCAGAAAAAGAAGCCCUGGAGGAAAGAAAGAGGAAGUGAUUCUCAGAAUGUAGAUGAAUUUUCAUCCUCUGAAGAUAACUUACAGGUUGAAAAGAUUCAUACCCAAGAAAAGAGCUGUAAGUGUAAAAGCCAGAGAUGUAGAGUUCAGGUCAGAUCUAAAAUGCUCCAUCCUGUUCAGUAUGGAAUGCGCUCUAUUGCACAGAUGACAUCUAGCAAUUAUGAUGUGCAUAGAAGUUCUACGCAUAGAGCUCAGUUUGACCAUCAGAAUCAAAAUGUGGAAUCAAUGGACAGAUAUUUAGAUGGGAUUCAAGAAGUAGCGUAUAUGCACUCAAAUCAGAAUGUGGUUGGAUCAAGCAAGGCUGAGAAUCACUUGAGCCGGUGGGCAAUGCGAGACGUAUUUGAGUUGAAGCAGUUUUCCCAGCUCCCUGCUAAUAUAGCAGUCUGUAGUGCCAAGAAAGCUAAAGAAAAGACAGGUGAAGUGAUAGCAGAGAAGAACAUUAUGAAGACAGAGCAUGGAAUUAUGGUGAACAGUAACCGACAUAACCUGUACAUUUUGCAUCCAGUGAUCCAAAGAAACACUGAAGUACACAGAGUGGGCUCAGUCACCUUCUUGGUUGGAAAAACACCCAAAGAAAUCCGCAGGAGACAAUUUGAGGAAAUUGUAUCCCACUUUAAAAUGGGAUCAAUGGAAGAACUUGCAGAACAUAUUGCAAAGGCUACAUCAGAAUCCCGGCAGAAGUUGCUGAGGGAAUUUUACAUUUCAAAGCAUCCAGAAGUUGAGUCUUUGUUUCCAAUGGAAGUACCAGCAGAAGUUGCACAUGACUCUUUGUUUCCAAUGGAAGUACCAGCAGAAGUUGCACAUGACUCUGAAGAAGGAGAUGCGGCUGCAAGAAAAUCAAGGAAAAGAAAAUGUGUUGUUAAUUCUGGAAGAUGCAAGUCUGGACCUUCAUCAGCUAAAGAAUUUCUUCUGAGUGGAACUACAGAACUGCAGAACCAGCGAAGCUGUGAAGUAGAGCAACUUUGCAGUGACUCAUGCUUGCAAGAUACUAUGCGUGUUGAUGUGAAAUAUAAAAAAUCACCCAUUGUUGCAACUCAACAUACUAAGAGGAGUAACAAUCAGACAUUCAAGGAUUUUAUAGCAUCUGGUUCAUUAAACAGGAAAUCGAAAAUAAUUGAGGUGCUGUCUGUAAAAAGCUUUGAAGGACAGCAGGACCCAGAAGUAGCAGGGCUGCCAAGAAAAAGAUCCCUGUCUCUGUCAGAAAACAGGGAGAGAAGAGCUAAGGCUGACAAAAAGUCUUCUCUUGACUUACUUGGAGAUACCUCUAUUCUCAAUGUUCUCUUCAGAAAUAGUGGGGAAAAAACUACAGAAUCACCACGGAGAAUCCCUUCAGGGCAAAUAGAAAAAUCAAAGGAGAGACCAAAAGAUUUCUGGGACAUGCUGAAUGAGCAGAAUGAGGAGAGCCUCAGAAAGCUCACAGAUAUGACAGUUAUAGAGGAGCUAUGUGAAAGAGCACCUCAUCCACGAGUGACAGAAAAGAGAGAAGUGUGUGAAAAUUCUCUUUGGAAAAAAAAUGAAAACUUUUUAUGGAGAAAAUACAGUUCAGAUGACUCAGAUGAACCAUCUUCUGCUACAUCUUUUAACGUAGUAAAAUGAUAGUUUUCUACAUGAGUUGUGCUAGAAUUAUUUUAUUAGUUAAAUGAAGAUGAAAAUAUAUACAACUUCAGCAAUAUGCUGUGAAACAUGAUACCUCUAUAAAUUUGAAGGCAAAGUGAUGAAUUCCUAUUUAUAAUAACCUCAAUUUACAUUUCACAUUGCCUGUGCUAUAUAUCAUUACGAAGCUAUGACAAACUAAAUUGAGAUAAAAUUAUUUUUAAAUGUUUUGAGUAAACUUGCUUUAUUGAAUGAUGAUAAUUCUAGAUCUUAUUAUUCCUGCUGAUAUUCCUCGGUUGGCAAUAGUAGUGAGCGGUUUUCCUCCUUCACUCACAUUUCCUGCCUUUACACAUCCUGUCAGAAUCUAUGUUAACAUGAUUUUGAUCAGUUUGACUAUAGAGCUGUGAAGCUUCCAAUUUUUUUUUGGUAUUGUAUGCCAGUGAGUUCUUCACCUUAAUUAAUGUGGAUGACCAAUUUUUGCUUGUUACCUGUGUCUCUUGGUGUGAAAUCUCCAGCAUAUUAAAUGAUGGCACAAAUUUCAUCUGUCAUUAUGCUUCCUCUCUUUUAUUGAUUUAUAUAGACUAUUGUUAUGUCUUUACUGGAAGGUGUGGUCUGGACAUACUUUAGUGUUAAUAAUUUUUAUGUGCAAGUAAAAAUGUUUAUAUUUUUAAAUGCGUGUUUUCUAGCGAGUUACAAGAACAACUUAGUGCCGUUCAUGCUCACUGUUGCCUCUAUUUUUUAUACCUGUGACUAUUCGGUAUGAGAAUAUAUGGGUGGGACAAAAAUAAAAAGUAAUUAUGAGUUAUUCUUGAAAACUGUGAUUUCUUUCUCAGCACAAAUGAAUCAUGUUUCCUUUUGUGAGCAUUGCAUACUGAAAAAAAUUUUAAUUGUAAAUAAAAUAGUUUAUUUAAAUAUGA